UGCAUAGCAGCUGUUAAUUCAUUGCAUUUUAUAUUUAGCAGGUAUAACUAAAACAAACUGAAUAAAGACCAGCAGUUCUAGAAAAAUUUUGUUUGUAUUGUACGCACUCACCUCAUUUUGACGUUUAAAAAAAUUUUUUUUCUGAAGGUUUUAGAUGUACUAGGAAUUUCUGAACUUGUUCGGAUUAUUGUCAUGCUCCUGGCUGCAUUCGAGCUUGGAGUGUUGAGAUAUUGAUUUUGUGAAGAGAACAUACUGUAUUGAGUUACUGUGAAUUUUUUAUUAUUUUAAAGGAAAUAUCAGUGGUACAAGUGUCAAAGUGUGAGGAAGGGAACCCUGUGAUAUCAGACGUGGUAGCCAUAGAAACGUAAACCUUCACCAUGUGGACCAGGAAAAUGCCAUAACCUCGCUUUGGUGCUAGAGUGAUUUUUCCCUGAUGAGACAAGAAUUACAUCCCUUGAUGGUUGAUUUGCCAUGAUGACAGCAGAAGUUAUCAACAUCCAGGUCAAACAGGAAUCCUCAGACAAUGGUCACCAAAGCACCGCAGCCUCCAAGGUGACAGAGCCAGAAGAAAAUGGGGUCCAGGUAUCAGGGGAAACCACCUGCCAGCUGGAAACGGCACCACCUGCAGUGUUUGUCCAGGCGACCACCACCCAAGACAGUGGCAGUAUCAGCGCUAGUGAACAGUUACAGCGUAUGAUUCAGCAGCAGUACCUAGUCAACCUCAUCCAGUUUCAGCAGUCCAUGCUGCAGCAGACUGGACAAGCAAUGCAGCACCAUCAGAAUUUACUCUCAGCCAUUGACUUCACCAAACUGAAUCAGGAGGCCACAGCAACCUCCGAGACCCCGGUCAAUCCAACUCCUAGUGAAUCCGGGGACAAAGAAAAGAAACAGGCCAAGGUCAACAUAGAGGGUCUGCUGGAAAUUGGGUCAGAUUCAGAGAAUACUGAGAACGAGGACGGAGUUAUUGGAGAUGGGGGUGAUGACCAUGAAAUGGGGAAGGGUGGCAGAGAGAGAAUUCGACACUCAGUUGGUGGAAGAAAUAUAAACCAGUAUGGCAGGGAGUUUACAAAUGGACGCCCCCUUCCUGAUCAUUUAAGAGUUCAGAUUCUACAGUUAGCUUUACAGGGUAUUCGUCCCUGUGAAAUCAGCAGGCAGCUACAGGUGUCACAUGGGUGUGUCAGCAAGAUUCUAAAUAGAUAUAGAAAAACAGGAAGCAUUAAUCCUGGACAGAUUGGUGGAAGUAAGCCAAAGGUCACGACCCCUGAUGUGGUGAACUGUGUCCGGCAGUACAAGUUAGAGAAUCCUCAGAUGUUUGCAUGGGAGAUAAGACAGAAACUGCUAGGAGAUCGCAUUUGUAAUGAGAAGAAUAUACCCUCCAUCAGUUCAAUAAACAGAAUUAUCCGCGACAAAGCCAUUCUUCAGAGACGCUGCAUCGAGGGAAUUCCGGUUGUUGACUCAGAUGAUGGUGAGGCAGAUGAAUUGACUAUAGAUCCGGAACACUUAAAGCAUUUCAUGAUAGUUCCAAACCUAACUCCUAAUGCCAGUGAGAGCCAAACUGUCAUUCCUAUUCAGACCAUCUCCAGCCUCCCCACUGAUGCUCCUCAGACCGUUGUCAUACCAACAGUGAGCAUGCCCAGUCAGAGCUUAAUGACGUCUGCUUCUCCUCACUCUCCCAAUUCAACAGUUGUUACUUAUCAGGUGACCUCACCAACACAGCCAGCUUCUACGGCAGUACCUACAAACUCACAGAAAAAUCCAGAAACAGAGGCGUAUGACAUAGAAAAAGAACAGGAGACGGCAGUGUCCUACAUACAGGAAUCCUCCAGUGAUGAUGGAGAUUCCUCGAAAGGUCAUGAUGUCAAGGUCAUUCAGUUGGAAUAUACCAAUGAUGAACAAAAUAAAGCAGGGUCUGGCUCGGACAAGACUGAUGUGUCUGCAGCUGACACUAGCAGGCAAAAUAAUCUGCAGGCAGUUCUGUCCCACUUGAUUUCUACACAAGCCACCACCAUGUUGAGAGAAGAGGAUCCUAAACAAGUCACAGAGGCAAAGAAGAAGUCUCCACAGGUCUCACCACCUCUGACCAAAGCAGACAUGCCACCCCCGUACAGUGUAGCUGUAGGACCUCUAUAUGCAACCAUUCCAAUGUACAACCCCUCAAUAAUGAAAUCCACACCAACAAGUUCAACAACAUCCACAAGUUCUACAAAACAGUCAAAAGGGAAAUCCAAAGCUGUAAAAACAGAAAGCAGUGGAGAGCAUCAAGGCAGGAAAUCCAGAUCACAACAGAAUUCCACAACUCCAGGGUUUGUAUCUGGAGCAGCUGGUUUUUAUGACUACUCUCUACCAGAUAGAGGGUUGGGUACCUGUCCACCGGCCCCUAGCAGACCAUCCCCUCCCCAAGCAGGGAAAAUGGUGGGUAUGGUCAGUGGGUGGCCUUUUUCUCCGUCACCAAUGCAGCUCCCUAUACCCAGUCCCACUUCAUCAGAGAAGAGUCGAACUUCACCUCUGGACCUUUCAUCAACUCCUCUUAAAGAGAUCCAAAAGUCACCUGGUUUGAGUUCUGAGAAAAUAGACUCGAUGGCAAGUUCUUCUAAGGUUUCUCCUACUACUGAUCAAGGCAAGAAGCAGCAUAUUGCAGAAAAUAAAACAGCUCCUGAGACUGAACCUGCUAAAACAACCAUUGCUCACUAUGACAAAAACGUCUUAAUCUUUGGAGAAAAUGCAGUAGAGAUCAUUUCAGUUGGAAACAACAAGUGGAUUGUUCGAAACGAGGAUGAACUGUGUCAUGUCGCGACUGGAGAGGUCAUGAAGAAGAACAAAACAGGAGAAACAUCUCCUUCGGUGCAAGUGAAAAGACUAUCAGCAGAAGGUCCUAGUGAUGGAGGAAUGCUAAAGGUUCCCAAAAUUAGUGUAGUAGACUCUGUACAUACAAAAGGUGCUAAAAAAUCUCCACAAACAGUUGUGAACGGUACAAACGCCAAAGACUCUGCUAAAAUGGACGGAAGUGGAGAUCACGUAGAUGAUAAUAGAAACAGCUGUCCAGUGCUACAAAAAAUGUUGAAGCCGGUCAGUCAGUGAUGAUAGCAUUUUAAAGGAACAUUUCUAGCUUAAUUUGCUUCUGUUGUUGUAGAAGGGAAUUUCCGUGAGUGAAAUCACGGGGAAGAUGAUGGAUUUUGUUAGCGACAGUGUUCAAUUUUCUGUUUGUUGGAUGAAAAUUAUCAUCAUGAUGUCUACAAAGUUAAGUUGUUGUUAUAAAAUAUGUUUAGAAUUUUUUUUUCUUUUAAUUGGGUCAUUCAAAGAAUUGUAGUAAUGUAGGUAUUUAUUAAAUAGUUUAGGUAUAGAGUGUUUUCAGAGUUUUUUAAUUUUAGUUGUACUCAUAAUGUGUUUUGGUGCUUGCAUGUGAAAAAUACUGGUAGCUAUAAACCAGUAGCUUUUUUAUAUAUAUAUAAUCCCAAUCUUUUGAUUUGACUCUGUCCAGAACUUUUAAUCCAUGUUUGAAGUUUGCCAUAAUUUGUAAACCACAACAUACAAGAUCUGUUUGAUUUCCACUAUAGGGGUUAUCUCCCUUUUGAGAUGAUGUCUUGGUUGAUUUGUUUUAAUAGAUAUGAUGUGUAAAUAUGUAAUUUAUUGACUUGAUUUUAUGCCAAACAAUUGACAAUCAUAUGAAUGUUUUUUUUAUCUCUACAUUAUAAACAUGUUUAUAUUUGAGUCAAUUGACAAUAGAGAAAAUUGUAAAUCUUACGAAUUUGACUUUUUAAAUAAAUGAGUUUCCCUACAGGUUCAUUUAAUUGUAGGUGUGAAUGCUUUGAUUUUUUUACUGCAUUUCUUAUUUUAAGAAUCCAUGUUACAUUUCGAUUUUAAAAUAUGAUUAAUUCUUUUUUACAUAUGUAAAAUCAUUUUUUCUGCAUGAUAAAAAAGAUUUUAUUCAUAGUCUGAGUAACUUCUGUUCUGAAGUCUCUUGACCAAAACGGAAAUCAAAAAGAACUUUGUUGAACCUUGACCUUUGAUCACACACUUUAUGGUCAAAUGAAAAAUAAAAUACAUAAAUCACAGAACUGUUUUGAACCCUCACAUUAAUGAUCAAUGCUAUGUGGUAAGGAAUCGUGCUGUGAUGAAUGGAUAUAUUGUCUCAGAUAAAUUGUGAUUUAAUUAAGAAAGAAUGAAUGCUUUUGAUACAUUGUAUCAUGAUCUGAAUUACUCCCUCGUCUGUGCAUAAAUUGAUUUAUUUGUAACGAGAACUGCCUAUUGACUAGAAAGAGAUCAUGUGUAUAUGUUGUGAUGUUUCUGUGUUAGAUGUGAGUUGUCAUUUUUGUUUGCCUUCUUGUCUAUUAAUAAUAUAAAUAUCUAUAUUUGUUGUUGAUGGAAAUCCACUCUUUUAAUGGAACAAAUGUGUUGUUAGAUUAAUGUUUUAAAUUUUGUGAAUUUAAAGUUAUCCAAAAUAAUGUAGUUACUUUGUUUUUUAUCAAAGGGAAAAAAUCUAAACAAUAAAAUGUGCGUUUUCUUUGAAGGAAAUUGUCAGAGGUAUAUGUUUUCUGAGUAGCUUCUGUUAUCCCAAAGAUAUUUAAAUUUGAAUUCCAGAUAUUUGCUGUUCUACAAAAUUAUCUGCCAUUUUGAUUCACCUAACAAAUCUCAGUAUUAUCGAAAUAGCAUUGAUAGAGCUGUAAAUUUAACACUGUUAACAAUGUAUAAAUCAUGCUUUAUGAGUAUUUACACCAUCAGAAUCUCAUAAAUAUCUAUAUAUAUAUUAUGACGUCUUGAAAUUAAGAGCACAAUUAUUCUUAAAAUGUGACAAUUUCUAAUUUUGGUUCUUUCCCCAUAUUCUCACUGUAAUUGCAAUUAAGCAAUAUUUAAUUUUUGUCAAAAUCAUUUGAAAAUUUCUAAAUAUUUCAUUCUCAAACUAAAAAUUUGCAACAAUUUUGCAACUACAAUUUCAUUUCAUUGUAUGAAGUUUAUAAAUUGAAAGUGAGAUUCUGGUGGUCUAAAUUCUCAGUUUAAUAGCUAGUGUUUUAAAUAUGGCUCCAAAUUUUAUAACAUAUUUGAGUAUUCUAUAUUUUAUACAGAUUGCCAAAAUUUAGCAUUGCUAGAAUUUAGAACCAAAGAAUUUUGUUGCUUUUAAUGGUCCCCUUUGUCUUGUGUUGGUUUGGUUGUUUUGAGACAAUCAAUAAAAAUAUAUUUAAAAAAAUA